UCUUGGAGAUGUCAUACAAUGGUUUACAAAUUUAUUUCUUUGUUUUAUUUUCCUGGAUUUCUCAAAUUUACUAUGGGAUUCAUAAUAUCCCCAAUUUCCGUUCUAUUUUUACUUACUUUUCGUAGUGUUGAGUCGUUUAUCAACACAGCUAGACCGCCAGUCAAUCCGCAUCGGCAAGCCACUUGUGCACAAAGCCACAAGGCAGAGUUCACCUUCACCACUUCGCUGUGCGACUACGAGGUUGGCGCUGCACAGAGAGAGAGAGAGAGAAUAGAGCCUUCUCGAGUUCGAGGUUGGGGCUGGGGGAGAGAGAAUGAGAGUAGAGCCUUCUCGAGUUGUUAGUUGUGGAAUUGAAUACAAAUAUGCGAAGUUUGAAUCUGGGGAAGCUGGUUUUCUGUUCUUGUCUUCUUCACAUCAACCCGACCUUUUGUCUUCAAAUCCUCCCAAUGAAGCAGAAGCAGAAGCAAGAAAUCCCUCUCUGCUCACAUCCUGGAAACCCUAAACCUGCAACUGAACGAUGUCGCCGAAACGACCUACAACUGCUGCUACGCCACCACACCCGAGGAGAAAAGGCGCCGGAAUCAGAGCGUGGCUCGUCGUGUCGAAUUCAGGAAACUCUCAUGUGGAAGAGGUGGGGAAGCACUCGAUCAUGCGGCGAACUGGGCUUCCAGCUCGUGAUAUGAGAAUUCUUGAUCCUGGGCUGUCGUAUCCAUCGACGAUUCUUGGGAGAGAGAGGGCGAUUGUUGUCAAUUUGGAGCAUAUUAAGGCAAUCAUCACUGCUUCUGAGGUUUUGGUGCUGAACUCCAAGGAUCCCUGGGUUGUUCCCUUCAUUCGUGAUCUUGAAUCUCGACUCUGUAAUUUCAAUGAGAAGGCAAGUGAGGGAAGGGACGGUGAUACUGCAAAGGAGGUUAAUGGGGUAUUGGGACCUAAAUCUCCUGAGACUGAUCAGAAUUACCCUUUGCUCCGUCAGUUCUCUCUGAGCCCUGAAAUAGGGAUGGUUGAAUCGAACGAGAAUGGUAGUCCUAUGGCUUCAGGGGACAAGCAAUUGACGGGAGGCCCCAAGGUGUUACCUUUCGAGUUCUGUGUUCUUGAAAUUUGCCUUGAAUCUGCUUGCAGGAGCCUUGAAGCUGAGACCUCUACACUGGAGAAAGAGGCAUAUCCAGCUUUAGAUGAAUUGACCUCUAAAACCAGCACUUAUAAUCUGCAACGCGUUCGACACAUAAAGAGUCGGCUAGUUGCAGUAUAUGGGCGUGUUCAGAAGGUGAGAGAUGAACUUGAAAAUUUAUUGGAUGAUGAUAUGGACAUGGCAGAGAUGUAUUUGACUGAUAAACUCUCCCUUCUACAAUUUGAAGAAAGUGGUUUAAAAGAUGAAUUAGACAAAGAUUACAAUGACUUUGAAUCGGAUGAUGAAUGUAAUGAAGAGUUAAGGAGCGACUAUAGCAGCAGCAGUGGAAAAGUUACUGGGUUUAAGCCAAAUAUUCAGGAGUUGGAGAUGCUGUUAGAAGCUUACUUUGUACAGAUAGGAGGAACCUUAAACAAAUUGUCAACAUUGAGGGAGUACGUGGAUGACACUGAAGAUUAUAUCAAUAUCAUGUUGGAUGACAAACAGAAUCAGCUUCUGCAGAUGGGAGUCAUGUUGAGUACCGCAACUUUGCUAUUUACUGCAGGUGUUGUCGUUGUCGGUGUAUUUGGCAUGAACAUAAAAAUUUCUCUCUUCAACACCGGAAUGCCACAAUUUUUGGAGACCAACAUUGGUGUCGUUGGAGGUAUUGUGGUUUUGUAUUUGUCAGCUUUCUACUGGGGUAAACAAAAGGGGCUGCUUGAUUGAUGAGAUUCUCCACAAUAGUAAACUUCAAGUGCUCAAUUUAUCAAAAUCUGAGAUACACUCAUGUAUCCCUCAUGCAUAGAAUGGUCUAUAAGAAAGAAUGUAAUCAUUGUGUGUGUAUAGUUUAAGAUUUUAUAGUGUAACAGUAGUUAUGUUCUUGUGCAACUUUAAUAAAUUACUCAAGCGCAAAUAAUUGUAUUGCAUAGUGUAUGACAUUUCCUCUCUGUAUGACUGUAUCGGAACUGUACCUAAUGCUGUUAGUACUCUUGAAAAGAGAUAAUAACAUCGCUUGCUAGGAGAAAGGCAAGAAAGUUAUCAUCAAUGAAUUGCCGCGGUCACCUUGUUCGAGCCA